AAAAGCGGAAGAAGAGACAAAAUAACAACAGCCGCGGCAGCAGUAGGUUUCAGGUUCAGUGACGAUAGUUGACAAAAAGGGCAAGAGAGUAAUUUAACGGCUACCUGUGUGGUUUUACAAAGUGUCGGUGGUUUUUGUACAGGCAAUAUAGCCGUUAUUGUUUAUAUUUAGUAACAAAAUGUCGUUAUUUGGUAAAUUAUUCGGCGGCGGGGGUAAGGGUGGAAAAGCGCCGACACCCCAGGAGGCUAUCCAGCGACUCAGAGAAACGGAGGAGAUGUUGACCAAAAAACAGGAAUUUUUAGAGAAGAAAAUUGACCAGGAGCUUGUAACGGCAAAGAAGAACGGCACGAAAAACAAACGAGCGGCUCUACAGGCCUUGAAGAGAAAAAAGCGUUAUGAGAAGCAGCUGGCUCAGAUCGAUGGGACGUUGUCUACCAUUGAGUUCCAGAGGGAGGCACUAGAGAACGCCAACACCAACACAGAAGUGCUGAAGAACAUGGGCCUCGCUGCCAAGGCAAUGAAAGCCGCACAUGAAUACAUGGACAUUGACAAAGUAGACGAUUUGAUGGCGGACAUCACAGAACAGCAGGAAGUGGCUCAGGAAAUCUCCGAUGUCAUUUCCAGACCAAUCGGCUUUGGAGAAGAAUAUGACGAGGAUGAGCUUAUGGCUGAGCUGGAGGACAUGGAACAGGAAGAGCUGGAUAAAAACCUUCUUGAAGUCGAAGGAACGGAGGAUGUACCUCUACCCAGCGUACCAUCUACAUCGCUACCAUCUAAACCAGCCAAGAAGAAGGUGGAAGAAGACGAAGACGACAUGGCAGACCUUGAGGCCUGGGCAGCUAACUAAGCUAGCUUGCUCUGCUAGUUAGCGGGUGCCCCUCUCCUGUCUGUCUCUUCACUCCCAGACUGAUCCCAGACAUCUAAAAGGGAAACGGGGACUCUGAGCUGCUGAGCUGGCUGCUGGCAUGCUGCUUUCUCUUAAAGCCUCCAUCCAAAUAUCUAACCAUACCCACACCUUAAAGUAUGCACUUGUGCGCGUCUACUUGCUCCAAAUGAAGUGAACCCAGGCUUUUCUCUGCUAAUUUUUGUUAUAGUAGAGUCUGAUAGCUCCAGCUGCACAUCCCCCUGUUUCUAAAGGGCAUAGAAUAAUAUGGAAAGCGAAUGUCAUACCCUAACCGCCUGUGGUUAUGUACUGUAUAUAUGAAGUUCACUUUGUAAGAAGAAAAGUGCAAAAAUGGGCACUUGGCGCAGCACUGUACAAGUGCAUACUUUUAGAGAAGGGUGUGUGGGAGAACAGGGCGAGGCUUGUCUCUGGGAGUAAUGUGAAGUUUCAACAGAAUUGUGAUGGAAAAAAGCAAAAACAGACAAGAUUCUUCCAUUUUCUGCUUCCUGUGUUGUCAUCUUGCUGCUCUUCUAAGAUGAUGGCAACCAAUCAUCCACAACAUCUCUGCUAAACUUGAACAAGAAAAGAUUAAUUAUAAAAAUGUAGGACUUUGUCACUGAAAUGUCACUGUCAAAUUAUAAAUAGAGGACUUUCUACAUAAAUAUUGGAACAUGGCACUUAAGCCCAAACAUCUACUGCCCAAGCCAUAAAGCCAUAUCUCUACCCAAAGUAUCUGUGGUAGGCUUCUUGCUCAUUCACCAGGCAGCCCUCUGGAUCUGAUCAGUGAAACUACUAAAAGGUUUUGUGGCCAAAUAUCACUGGAGGCAAGUGAGAAAUCUGGGUUGUAAUUUGGGUGAACCGAUCCUUUAACGAGAAUUGUUGUUUCUUAGCUGCAAACUACACAGGCGCCAACCAAAGCUAAUAUUGUGACAUUGUUGUCAGGAGUGCUGGUCGUCCUCGAAGGUUUCUUACACUGAGUUUGAAAUUACAAUGUGCCUGACACCUCCAGCGCCUUGUCUGUCUGUGGUUUAACAGUGACGUGCUCUGAGAAAACCCUACAUUUGUUGAAUUUAAAGAUAAUGUGUGUGAGUGUGUGGUAUUUUCUCAGCCUUUUGACACAGUGACCUCUUGUGAAUAUGUAGUCAAAUCGAGACGGUAAGCUGGAUUUCUUUUCUCUUUUCCUCUGGACUCACCUGUAGUGCAAAAUUCAUUUAAACACUGACGAACAUGAGACAUGUUGGUUCCGUGCUGGCCUUCGUGAUAAAACAGUGACAUGAGCGAAUCCAGCUUCUGCUCAGUGCCCCGCUACUUGCGGCUGAAGCUACACUGCCCUCCUCCUGUCAGCAGACACGUUUAUGCAUGGAUGGACUGGGAUUGGCCCAAAAUCAAACAGAUGGUUGAGACUGAAACCUAAACACGAUCAGUGUCUUAAAUAAAUUAAAGAAGUAGCAGUUUUAAAACGUUGGCUGACUUUUGUAAUGUAAAAUCCUCUUAUUUGUGAGUUGCUUGACCCUGGUUGGCAAACUAUUGAUAAACUAUACCAAUAGAGUCUUUCUUUAGUCUCAUCUGUUUUUUCUGUUUUACUUUAAAUAUCGCUCAUGUUCUGUUUUGGCUGUACAGAAACACAAUGUAGCCAUUUCUGCUCAGAGCGGUACAAAGGGGAGAGACAUUAGAGAUAUUUCAUGUGGCAGCCAUGUUGCUCUGUGACUGUUGUUAAUGUGGGGUUAUAUACAGUUUAUCUUAAUAAAGUUGGGAUUCAGUGGAA